UCUAUGCGUCUCUCUUCCUUCGCCAACCUCGAAAAAAGGAAAAUAAACAAAAAGGACACAAAUUAUCUUAAAUCAGACAUUAACAGUAGACCUUCUAACUCAAAAACCAAUGCCUUCACCAGAAGAAGACCCACAACCUUUAUUAAAAGACCAAGAAGAAACAGCUUAUGAUUCUGACGGGAAAGUCCUUUCAUUUGGGAUUGAUUAUGACACAGAAAGCGGUGGCUCAACGGUGGUGCCAUCAUUUUCAUGGAGAAAAUUAUGGUUGUUCACUGGUCCUGGGUUUUUAAUGUGCAUUGCUUUUUUGGACCCUGGCAAUUUGGAAGGGGAUCUUCAGGCUGGUGCAAUUGCAGGGUAUUCUUUGCUUUGGCUUCUCUUAUGGGCUACUGCUAUGGGUUUGUUGGUGCAGUUGCUGUCAGCAAGGCUUGGAGUGGCUACAGGAAGGCAUUUGGCUGAGCUAUGUAGAGAAGAGUAUCCAACUUGGGCUCGAAUGAUUUUGUGGAUUAUGGCUGAGUUGGCUUUGAUUGGUGCUGAUAUACAAGAAGUUAUUGGGAGUGCUAUUGCUAUUCAGAUUUUGAGUAAUGGGGUUUUGCCUUUGUGGGCUGGUGUUAUUAUUACUGCUUCCGAUUGCUUUAUCUUCCUAUUUCUUGAGAACUACGGUGUGAGGAAAUUGGAGGCUGCUUUUGGGAUUCUCAUUGGAAUAAUGGCAGUGACAUUUGCGUGGAUGUUUGCUGAUGCAAAACCCAGUGCCCCCGAACUUUUUCUGGGCAUCUUAAUUCCAAAACUUAGCUCCAAAACAAUAAAACAGGCUGUUGGAGUUGUGGGUUGCAUUAUCAUGCCUCACAAUGUGUUCUUGCAUUCUGCUCUUGUACAGUCAAGGGAGAUCGACCACAAUAAGAAAGGCCAGGUUCAAGAAGCUCUCAGAUACUACUCCAUAGAGUCAACUGCUGCCCUUGCAAUAUCAUUCAUGAUCAAUUUGUUUGUGACGACCAUUUUUGCUAAAGGUUUCCACGGGACAGAACUGGCCAAUAGUAUUGGCCUUGUAAAUGCAGGGCAAUAUCUUCAAGAUAAAUACGGGGGUGGAUUUUUCCCAAUUUUAUACAUCUGGGGUAUUGGGUUAUUAGCAGCUGGCCAAAGUAGCACCAUUACUGGCACUUAUGCAGGGCAGUUUAUCAUGGGAGGUUUCCUGAACUUGGGGUUAAAGAAAUGGCUGAGGGCAUUGAUUACUCGAAGCUGUGCUAUCAUCCCAACUAUAAUUGUUGCACUUGUUUUUGAUACUUCUGAAGACUCACUAGAUGUUCUGAAUGAAUGGCUAAAUAUGCUUCAGUCUAUUCAGAUUCCUUUUGCACUCAUCCCUCUUCUUUGCUUGGUCUCUAAGGAGCAAAUCAUGGGCACUUUCACAGUUGGCCCCAUUCUUAAGAUGGUUUCUUGGCUUGUAGCUGCCUUGGUGAUGCUAAUCAAUGGUUACCUUUUGCUUGACUUUUUCUCCAAUGAAGUAACUGGAGUAGUGUUUACCACUGUGGUAUGCGCUUUUACAGGAGCAUAUGUUACGUUUAUAAUUUAUCUCAUUUCUAGGGAAGUUACCAUUUCCACUUGGUACUGUCCCACCUAAACAGAUACAAUAUGAUUAUCAAACUUCGACUGCAAGAUAUUUGAAGCAUGCAGUUUCUGUUGCCAGCGAUCCAUUAUAUGGCUGCCAAAUUUGAGAUGCAGAGGAAUAACUUCACCCGUUUAAGGAGUGUACAUCUUUCCAGGCUAGCUGUGUACAAAAUAUACUCAAAGCCACUCGUAGUAUUUUGGUGCUGUUGGAAAAAAGAAGAAAAAAAACAAGGUGGUUCCUUUUGUAUUAUAGAUCUUGUCCAUUAUUUUUGUUCUAUACAGAGGACUGGAAGAACAGGCCUGCUAACAGAGAGAGCUUUUCAAACUAAACGGGGGGGAUAACAUCAAAGUUUUGUCACUGUAAUUCAAUUUGUACUCAAACCAGAGCAGCUUGAAUUGCUACGCGAUGACAUCAGAUCUCUAGUGCAUUUUUGGUAUUUGAUUUUUAUUUAUCAA